AAAAAGCACAUUUUUGCUUUUUUGAAUGACCCCCGUUCAAAAAUGAUAAAAUAUGGGAAUAUUCUCGGAGGUUAUUCAAUUGAAAAAAAAAGGAAUUCUCUUGAAAAUCAAUUAGACGGAGGGCCCAGAUUAAAAAUAAAAAAGACUUAUGCUUCUCUUAUUUCAGUAGGAACAAAUGAGAUCAUUAUCAAUAUGAUUCAAAUUAGCUUGCUGAAAUACCCUUUUUUCAAUAUCGCAAAAAGGGAAAAUAUAGCAAGUUCUCCAUUUUUGUUUCAUAACAAAUUAGGUCACACUAAUUUGAAUGAUCAAAGUAAAUUACUGAGUAAGGGAACUAUUCGUUCAUUACCUAAUGAGAAUAAAAAAGAUGAAUCUUUUACUAUUCUUUCUCCUUCUAAUUUUUUGCAAAUCGUUUUGUUUCAUGAUUUAAAAUGCUUGAGUACAGUAAAAAAGUUGGAUGCAAAUAAAAAAAGAAUUGAAUUGUUAGGUCUCCUGGGUCAUUUACAUAGUAUUGCUAAUCGUUUCCCAUACUCUCAUUUCAUGACUUAUAAAAAAGUGUUACUAACUGAACGUUCAAUUUCUAACAAUGACUCGAAUAAUUUCCAAUUAGCUAAAUGCUAUUUUAUGGACGAAAAGAGGGAAAUUUAUCAAUUUGAUUCAUGCAGGAAUAUUAUUUUCAAUUUCUUCAAUUUGAAUUUGUACUUUUGCCUAUCCAAUUUUUUGGAAAAAACAUUUCCAGUAGUCAGCCUUGGACAAUUUUGUUCCGAAAGUAUAUGGAUAUCCGAAGAUAAACAACUCCAAGGAUCUGGUCAAAUUGUAGUUGUUCAUGAGGAAUCUUUCGUCAUUAGAUUAGCUAAACCCUAUUUGGGUACUCGAGGAGCAACUCUUAAUAGUUAUUAUGGGAAAAUUCUUUACCAAGGAGAUACAUUAAUAACUCUGUUAUACGAAAGAUUAAAAUCCGAUGAUAUAAUUCAAGGUCUUCCUAAAGUUGAACAAUUGUCAGAAGCCCGCUCAAAUACUUCAAUAUCAAAAAAUCGAAAAAAAAGAUUUCAAAAAUUGAACAGAUACCUAGCAAUAUUUUUUGGAAACUUUUGGGGGUCAUUCACCAGUGUUAGAAUGACUAUGGAGGAUAGUCAGAAUCAGUUGGUCGAUGAAAUUCAAAGGGUUUAUCGAUCCCAGGGGGUACAAAUUUAUGAUAAACAUAUAGAAAUUAUUGUUCGCCAAAUUACAUCGAAAGUUUUAGUUGUAGAUGUUGACAGGUCCGAAAAUAAAAAUUGGGAAAAUGGACUAGGUAGUCUUUUUUUACCCGGAGAACUCGUUGGAUUAUCACGAGUACAAAUAAUGGAUCGCGCUCUAGAAAAAAGAAUAAACUAUCGAACCAUUUUAUUGGGAAUGACAAACGCAUCUCUGAAUACUCAAAGUUUUCUGUCAGAAGCGAGUUUUCAGGAGACUGCUCAGGUCCUAGCUAAAUCUGCUCAUACACUGUUACGCUUGCGAAAGAGAGCGAGUGACACGAGGAUCCAUCUGCAAGAGAUGGAGUCUUUUGUUGUUUAUCGGCAGUGA